CUGUGAGUCUGUUUCUGUUUUGUAAAUAAGUUCCCUUGUAUUCCACAUAUGAAUGAUAGUAUAUAGUAUCUGAAAUCUGUCUAGCUUACUUCACUUAGUAUGAUAAUCUCUAGGUCCAUCCAUGUUGCUGCCAAUGGCAUUGUUCCACUCUUUUUAAGGGGCAGUAAGGAGUAUUUCUGAGUGUGUGUGAGGUUAUGUAAGCUCCUAGAUGGAGCAUGUGAGGGAUUUAAAAGGGUCGUUGUCCUGGAUGGAGGUAUUGGGAGAGGGCAGUGCCUAUCCAAGGAAAGAGGAGGCCAACCUGCUGCUGAAGAAAUAAAUGAACUUCGGUGAAAUAGGGUGAAGGGAGAGGGCAGCAGCUACAAUGAAAACACAACCCCUGCACGAUGCGCAUAACAGGAAGCAGGGAACGAAGUUGUUGGGAGAGAGCCUGAAGCAAUACUCCUGAAACUGCUCCUUAAGAGAACUUCCUAAAAGUCCAGGUUCCAUUAGUGGAGAAGGUUUCAAAAGAAGUUUUUCCCUCUGAUGUACCGGGUUACAACGCCCAGAGUGGAAGGGAGUUAAACGGCAAGAAGAGAGAGUGCAACAUGCAAUCAGAAAAGCAGAAGGAAAGGGAAGCAUCAUAGGCCUCUCCAAGGGCGAUCAGACUUUCAAAUGUUCAGAAGCCGAGGAGUGAAACACCCGCGGAUAUACAGCGCAAAGUCGCCUCGGGAAACACCGCCAAGUUCAUACCGUGGGGAGCCCCGGCCCUGCCCCAUCGAAGGAAGGUAACCCGGGAGGGCGAGUGGAGCGGGUUGGUGUUUGUUCUCUUCUCGCUCCAGCGGAAUUUGCUAUAAAGGUUGAGCUGCCCUUGGAACCUGGAUCCGACGCGCACAAGCCCAGCGGUGAGCAUUUUCAGCGGUGCAGGCGGCCAGAACAGGUGCGGCUGCGCAGUAUGUGGGCCUUCUUGGUGAGACUGGUAGGCUUCCUGGGCCUGACUUCAAGGUUACUGGUAAUGUCUCAACUCCAAGGAGACCCUGCAGAAAGGUUGAGCCAGACCUCCAUCAGCCCCUCCAUCAUGAAGGAUCGGCACGUGGGUCUGACGAUUAGGGACUCGCACUUCAUGCUGGGGGACUUCCCUUUCCUCAUCCUGGCGGGUACCAUCCACUAUUUCCGGGUGCCCAAGGAGUACUGGAGGGACAGCCUCCUCAAGCUGAAGGCCUGUGGCUUCAACACGGUUACCACGCAUGUUCCUUGGAGCCUCCAUGAGCCAAAAAGAGGCCAAUUUUACUUUAUUGGAAACCUGGAUUUGAGUGCUUUCAUGUCCAUUGCAAUAGAGGUGGAUCUGUGGGUCAUUCUGUGUCCAGGCCCCUACAUCGGGAGCGACUUGGACCUUGGAGGCUUGCCCAGCUGGUUACUCCAGGAUCCUAAAAUGAAGCUGAGAACAACUUACAAGGGCUUCACUAAAGCAGUGAAUCGCUAUUUUGAUGACCUGAUUCCCAGGAUACUAUCAUAUCAGUUCCAAGAAGAUGGCCCUAUUAUUGCUGUGCAGGUGGAGAAUGAAUAUGGUUCAUAUUACAAGGAUAAAAAAUACAUGGCAUAUAUUAAAAACGCCCUGUUGAAAAGAGGGGUCAAGUCGCUGCUCAUGACUGCUGAUACUGGACAGGAAGUGAUGGAAGGACGCAUAAAAAAUGUAUUUGCCUCCGUCCACAUGAAGAAAAUAAAGAAGGAAACGUAUGAAAAGCUCUCCUCAAUUCAGGGUGCUGGUCCCGUCAUGAUGAUGGUGUACACAGCCAAAUCUCUGGAUGGAUGGGGCAGUCCCCGAAACAUUCUGGAUCCCCACUUGUUAAGGAAAGACGUGAAGGAAAUGUUGAACUUCAAGUUCUCCCUCAACUUUUACAUGUUCCAUGGUGGCACCAACUUCGGCUUCAUGGGUGGAUCUUCAUUCCUAGACAAUUACCUGCCUAUUGUCACCAGCUAUGACUACGGGGCACUGCUGACAGAGAAUGGAGAUUACACAGCGGAGUAUCUCAUGUAUCAAGAGCUGUUUCACGCUCCUUCAGCGGUUCCCAAUUUCCGGAAACCAGAGCCUAGACCUAAGGCUACAUAUAAGCCAGUGGCAACAGCUUACUUCAUGUCACUGUGGGAGAUCCUGCCUUACCUGGAAAAGUCCAUCAGGUCUCCCACACCAGUCUCCAUGGAGCAGAUGUCUGUGAACCAAGGGAACGGUCAGUCUUAUGGGUACAUACUUUAUGAGACUAUCAUCGUCAGCGGAGGCCUCCUCACCUCAAAAGGUCAUAUUAAAGAUCGGGGUCAGGUGUUUUUGAAUGACAAGUUCGUAGGAGUCCUGGAUCACGUCAAUGAUCAGCUCAUCCUCACCAAGAACCAUGGCGACAAGGACUACCUGACCCUAAGGAUCCUGGUGGAGAACCAAGGCCGACUGUCCUCCGGGCCCAACAUCAAUCAAGAGAGGAAAGGUUUAACUGGGGACAUCUAUCUGGACAAUAAUCCAUUGAGAAAAUUUAAGAUCUACAGCCUGGAUAUGCAGCCCAAAUUCCUAAACAGAGACCUCCCUAACAUCUGGAGACCAGCCUUGUUCCAGCCUGAAGGCCCUGGCUUCUUCCUUGCUAUCCUGAGAAUUGGUAGUCAACCCAGAGACACCUUCAUAAAAAUGAAGGGCUGGACCAAAGGAGUGAUUUUCAUCAAUGGACAAAACCUGGGCCGCUACUGGAAUAUGGGUCCCCAGGAUACCCUCUACCUCCCAGCACCCUGGCUUCAAUCUGGAAUAAACGAGAUUGUGGUGUUUGAAGAAUUCAAGUCCUCCUUCAUCAUCCAGUUCACAAACAGUUCUCAUCUAGGAUACUGAGCCUUGAGUGGGGCCACAGGAAGUAUGCAAGUGAUUGAGCUGAGUCAUCUCAGCAGUGGGGCUGUGUGUACCUAGCAGUGCCGACACCCAGGCCCCUCAAACAGCCCUGGACUUUCUGUUUGCUUUGGUCCUGCCCUGGUCUCCCAUUCACCUCCCAACCUGCCAGCACAUGCCUCCUCUGGCAGGAGUCAGCGGUGCUGACAUGUAUAGCAAAACACACCUAUUCAGUGCACGCCCUUUGCCAUAUCACUAUAAUACAAGCUGUCUGAACUUUGAAUAAAAUGCUGGAAAAAUGAGAAGAUGAUCAGAGCACUUGACCCCCCCACCAAAUGCAAAUCUGAAACAAAAGGGAUGGUUCGCAGAAAUCAAAUAACAUGUAAAAGUUAAGUCAGGAAUUGAUAGGCAGUUUCAUAAGUGCUUUGUGUUUUCAGUGUAAAAGAAAUAUUUCCUUUUUACUCUCCAAUUCUCAUCCCGAAACAUUGCUUUUCCAAGUCCAGUGGAAACCCAGCUGCUCCAAGACUAAUGUUGGCUAGCCUCCCCUUGACUCCCACCCCAAUGCCUCUCCUUCUCUCCUUCCCCUGGCUUCCUCCCCAUCCCUGGCUCCAUCCCUGGCACCUGACUUCCAGCUCUGCCUUCUGUUGCUAAGCUGGAGGGUAAUGUCCUGUGGCCCUGACUGCCUGGCUGUGUGGGCAGCACAGAGAGAAGGCCACGGCCCAGCACUCACUGGAUGGCUGAACUUUCCUCUCCCGUGAAGAAGGCACAUUAAACUAUGUACA